UUUCAUUCACUUUCAGUUUAGUAUUCAGUCUUAAAAAGUAUCAUUUGUAUUAUGUAGCAACUGCCAGCGAUAUUCUUUAUUGCACAGGAAUUUUUUAUUUAUUACAGUGAAUAAUCUAAACAAUAAUAAGUUCGAGAAGUGUAAGAAUGGCUAGCGCAGACUUUAGAAAAGAAGUAAUCCCCGUCCGCCCGAGGAGCGUAUAUACAGCUCAUUCUUAUAAUAAGGAGGAAUCGAAUUUGUCGGCUUUUCAAGAUUACAGCAAGUUUCUUGAGGGCGGACUUGGACAAGCUGAGUUAGUUGGUGCGACAGCUUGGCAGCCCCCGUGGAGGGCCCCCUUGCAACGGAAAGCUCCAUUCUACCCAGGUGAUGACAUCUAUCAUGCUGACACCUGGAGAGAACUAGAGGUGACGGACGUGGUCGGGGGUGCCGGCUACAACGCAUCGGUCACGCCGCACGGCACCAUCUGCCUGCGGCUUCGAGAUCGUGUCAAGGUGGACAUGACGAUAGACGGCGCCGUCCGCGUGACCAACGCGAAGAACAACAUAAUCCUGGCACUGUCGCGGUCGGGCGCGGCGGCUGCGCUGAUCCACCCCAACGGGCGCGUGUACCACUACGGCUCCAGGGUCGAGAUCCAGGCGCGCCACCACCAGGGCAACAACAAGUACGCCAAGAUGUGGUACAAGGGUGUGUCGUUCACGGCGGAGCAGUGCGCGCUUGUGUACUUGGUGGACGCGGCCGGCACUCGAACAACAACCGACACCUUCCUCGACAUGAGCCAGGACUUCACUCUGAAUGUCUUCUACAACGAGUCUCACCACGGGCCGUCGUACGUGAACGAGGCCGUGUCGCUGGUGCAGGGCGCGCAGUACUGGCUCACGGACGACGGUAUCGACAACUGGAUCAUCAACAACGUGCGCGUCAGUCAGACCGCCGACGGACUCGUCAGGAUUCAUCGCUGCAGCCACAAGUACCAGCUGAGGACCAGCCCCACCAAUGGCUCUGCGUCGAUCACCAGUCCAUUUCUGCACUGCACAGCAUCUCUCGGACAAACUCAGCAUCUCUUUGUACGGCGCGGUGAGCGACGGAUGCACUUUGACGGAAACUCUUUCAUCGUCCGCAACGCCGGCCACUCCGCCGGCUUCGACGACAAGAACCAGCUGAAGGUGUACUGAGUAAGCUCCCCCGAAUGAUACCCGCCCGCUACUUUAUUGAUAUGAAUGUUGUACAGAAAGUUAACGCAUUGCCUAGCUCGCCUCCCCUCCCCUCCCCUUACAAACUGCGGACAAGUCACGUAAAUUGAGCGUAGUCAGUUAGUAGAGAGCCAGUAACAGUGAACACAUAGUGCUUAAGAUUACAGUAUCGUUGUAAGUGUUAGAUCAAGUCAUUGUAUUGCCACUUUAUGAUCGUUUUGAGCGUUUUUAUUUUAGCGCACCGUUUAUAGCCGCAGUGACAUCGAGAUAGCUGCAGUGUCGUGAAACGAACGAACAUAUUUUUGAUUAGAAUUUUACUUUUAGAGUUUUAUUGUAUUCAUUGUGUUGUUGAACUAGCAACGGUUGAGUUGUUGAAUAAUGUAGUAAGCAAUUGUCGUUAAAAUACACUCAAUACAAUGGAUAACUGUAGAGUAUAAUAGUAAGUCGUACACAUGACAGUAUGGCUUGGUUGGUGGUCUUCGUAGUGUGUAGUAAACUUAAUAAGACUUGUCCCGCAGUGUUCAUUUGUACAAAACUUUCAAGUAUGUAUUGUGUGCAUGAUGUUAUGGAAAUAAUAAAAAUAAAAUUUGUAAUAUUUA